AUGUGUGAGCCGAGAACAUAUCGCCGUAUCGCACUCCUUAUAUGCGACGAGCCAGUGGAUGCGAUUCGGGAAAAGCAUGGAGACUAUACAAGGAUUUUUGGUACCUUGCUAGAAGAAUCACUCAAGCCCAUCAAUCACACUCGUUCAGCUGACUCGCAAAUGACCUUCACGCUCGAGCCUUUCCACGUGUACUCGCAGGUUUACCCUAAAGAUGAUGAAUAUGAUGCAAUGAUAAUCACCGAAGCUGAGAAGUGGAUCAAAAAACUGAUUGAAAAAACAGCGGAUAAAGAUUUUUGGUCGGAGUAUGCUUUGGACAUCAGGUCAUCGCGCUUGCCAGUGGGUGGGACAUGUGUUCGCAACACGCGUGAAGUUUCUGCAACAAAGCUGCAACUAAACGAGCUCGGAAAGAGAAAUCUUCAUUUGAUGAAUCGUGACUACGUUCCCAUCGAACCGCCAUCAUUCCAUAUCAUUGUUUCGUCUAAGCAUUCACCGAAUCAUGGGAUGGUCCGCUUUUCUCAGCCAGAAUCCCCCAGAGAUGGACCACCCUUGAAUUUCCGCCUGACGGACAUUCAUAUACUCACCAGCCAAGGCCAUCCUGAAUUCACGGAGUCUAUAAUGCGUAUGCUCCUCAACGCACGGCGAGAACUCCUGGGCACUGAAGUCGUCGAUGACGGCCAGAGUCGUGCGGGUAACCAGAAUGAUGGAGUUGCGGUCGUUGGAAAGGCAAUAUGGGGUAUGAUGGGAGUAGAAUGA